ACAGGUGCUCGUGCACGUCAGCAUCAACCCCAGUUUGCGAGUUUGUAGCUAGCAGCAGCUCACCUGCUGUCAUGCUUUCCAGAGCGAUCGCUAUGGCUGGGGUCACUGCGAACAAGAUCAGUAAACACAUCACCCUCCUGUCUGGGACUCCUACGGGUAACUUUUCACCUGGUCACCCAAAACCGGUAUUGAUUUUGCUGCCUUGGUUGGGCUCCAGACCUCAGGCCAUUGCCAAAUACUGUGAGAUUUACUUUCGCACGGGUUUUGAUGUGCUUGUUGUGGAAAGCGAGGUGAGCCAGUUUUUGUGGCCCCGCUGGGGUUUGGAAUUUGGUGGCCAUUUACUGGACUUGUUAGAGAGCGAGCGCUUCUCACAACGCCCCCUACUGGUCCAUGCUUUCUCAAUAGGGGGAUAUACAUUUACUCAGGUUCUUGUUCAUGUGGCCAAAGACACCCAGCGUUAUCAGAGCCUGACAAACAGGAUCAGGGGUCACAUCUACGACAGCUUGGUCAUAGGGUCACUGGAACAUAUGGCCAUUGGUCUUGGUAAAACCAUGAUGCCACGGAUGGAAAGUCUGGUGAGGGCUGUUAGCCUUCUGUACUUCCGUGCGUUUAAACAUCAGACGGUCGACUACUUCAACUCUGCGAUCGAUGUCUUCUGGAACACUCCUGUAAAUGCACCGUCACUUUUCUUCUACUCUGAGAACGAUGCACUGUGUGAUUACAAGAGUUUGGAGAAGGUGGUGGAGCUCUGGAGAAGCCGAGGUUUGACUGUCGAGAGCAAGAAGUGGAAAGAGUCCAUUCAUGCAGGUCAUCUGCGCACACAUCCUCAGGAAUACCUCUCCACCCUGGACAACUUUGUGCAGUCUCUCAAUAUAGUGCCAUUGAAGGCCAAAAUGUGACUGGUCAUCUCCUGUUUCCUUAAUCAUCAGAAGUUAUCUAAAGUGCCUGGUUUUAUAUAGACAUUCUCAUGUAUUUGGCUUCAAUCUGUUGACUACAUCAAAUCUGUUUUUUUUUUCUGCCAAAAAAUAUUCACAGCUAGUCCAGAAGAAGAGUGAAAAGAGUUUUUUUUCUCUCUGAGAUCAUGCUGCUGGAGGG